AUGUUCGAGCUCAGAGAUUCGCCUGGCAAAGGAAAAGAUGACGCCGACGACGACGACAAGCAGGGGCAUCAGCGGCGGCAGGAACUCCGCCAAAAGCCACUCGAAAAUGCUGUCCCGGCCGUAUUCCGCAAUUCCUCCCGUUUUAAUCAUUCACGUGCCCCGGGCGACGAGCUCACCGUUGCCUACGAUUCGGGUUGUACCGUCCAGAACAUGGCUAAGAUGAAGUCCGCCAUGGGGUUCAGAUGCGCGUGCCCUCGUUGCAGCCUACCGCCGGACAAAGUGGCAGAGAGCGACAAGCGUCGGCACGAGCUGAACGUCACAUUGACCAAUGUGGACUUGGCGUACCGGGCGGCGGACCCGAGGGAUAAGUGCAGAAAGGAGGGGGAGGGUGAGGAAUAUGGGCGAGAGCAGAGCAAUGAACACAUGCAACGGUCACCAUUGUCUUUCGCCCCGGCGUCGAUUAUACCGCUGUGCCGCAGGAUCGUUGCGCUCCAAUAUCUCGAGUUCGGCAUCGCGCCCAUAACCUACUAG